UCAUCAUUUUGAAAACAACUUUAGUGAGAAAACAAUUUAAAAAUGCAAAAAAAAAAAUAAAUAUACUUUUAAGUGCAAAGUGAAUUUAUUUUUUACCAAACCUUUUAUAAUUUUAUAUAUUGAGAAAAAAAAAUCAAAAAGACGAAAAAUUAAAAGUAAUAGUACAACAUAAAUGUGAAAUGCAAAACAAACAUUGGAUACAGAAUAUUAUACCCUAUAGCGACAAGCGAUUGCGAGAUGUUCUUCUAUGUGAGAUGUAACAUAUAUUAAAUAAACUUGAGUAAAAUUAACAUAGUGCCAUCGAUAAUAAUAAUAAUAAUAAAAAUAAUACACGACAAUGAUAAUGAUACACGACAAUGAAUAUUUUAGACAUUAAUAAAAAUUGUAUUUGUACGCUGUAUAUCGUUUGGAGUUGAAUAUUUUGUAAUAAAAUAUUUGCGAGAACUUAGUGCGGCAAUCGCGUAUUUUUGUUUAUUGUAGAAGUGCAUAGAGAAGCACGAUCUCAAUUCGAAUCGUAAAUUUUUUGGUUUUUUCCUAAAUUGUAUGCCGUUUAUUGAUUAUUUGGAGUAAAGUUUAAAAUUUGAUGUGAAAUAUAUUCUAAAAUGUAUUUAUUUAUUGCUUUUAUAUGGGAGCAAUAUGAAGUGAUGUUGUCACAGAAUAUGGUCUGUGUUUUACAGAAGCAGGAUGAGUUGAUAUCUUCUGCAGUUACUACUUUGACUCUUACUUCAAAAACAAUCAGUUUGCCAUUGACUUCUACAAAAGCAUUAUAACAUUGAACAUAUAACAUAUUCAUAACACUCGGAAAGCAACUCUUACACAGCACACAACAAUUCUUAAAUAUACUCUGAAAAAUAUGUGGAUGGAUAAAUUAGUUUCAAUUCACUCAAUACGCCAAGUUGGCCUUAGCAACUCUGACGCUGAAGAAUAUGUUGAAGGUGAACAGCAUUGCGGCUUUGAUUCACAGCGCGGCAUUUUGAGAACUCAACUUCUGCUGCUCGAUUACAAGCAGUUCAAGGCUGCACGUCUUAUACAGCGAAUAUUUCGAGGAUGGCGUGUGCGUGAUCUGCUAAAGAAGCAACAUCGAGCUGCGGUUACCAUACAAAGAAUAUGGCGGCAUUAUUGCAAAGAACGUCAUAGAGUAGUCGAGAUUCAGGAAGAAACACAGUCUUGUGUCCUGAUCUCGCACCAUUCGAGUUGCGUCAAGAUUCAGGCUCUGUUUCGUGGUUGGUAUUCACGCAAAUAUAUCAACAAUAUGAUGUAUCUGAAAAACAUACAAUUGGCUGCUAUGGAGGACAUUUUGCACUCGAUUAUCUAUAAGUUGCAUUCGAUGAAGCGCACAGAUCAAUUGCCAGGCAUUCUCGCAUUCCGCGAGGGAGAAACGCUGGGCAAAGUGGAAGAUUUCAUGUCGACCAUGACCUAUCGUCUGUUCAAUCGCUACGUGGGCAGAAAGUGGGCGAUGAGCAAGACCAUCCUUGAGUCGCAGCGUAUGGACUUCAAGAAGGCUGUCGAGUACACUUGGGCACCGUAUUUUGGCAAUGAUCACAUCAAUGUGUGCAAUCCCCCGCCGCCUCCGCGACCUCCCAAGUCCUAUGAGCGUCGUGAAUACGAUGUUUCACAGGCAUUUAUGGCAUCUAAACGCGAUGUUCAAGAGCAGAAAGCCAUGAGUAAAUCCAUCUCUCGACGUACUCGUAAUCACAUUUUAAAAGCUCUGCCUUCGAAUCAAAAGCGUUUUUGCCGCGAUUUGAUCCACAGCAUGAAGCGUUGGACCAUCGAUGAGCACCAGAAACUCAAUAUACCCGAUGACUUGAGGGUCGAUAGCAACUUGAAGGGCUUCUUGGAGGAGCUACAAGGAUAUCUGACAUCGCUGAAUUACAUUGAGAACUGCGAUUGUUUGCGCGAUUCGCCGCAUCCACAUAAAUUAACUCCACGCUUCGAUUAGGAAUAAUUUAUACUCACAUUCGCAAUAAAAUACACAUAUGUUUAAAAUCCCAUGCUUAACACGGUUAAUCUGCGAAA